GCAGAUGCAGGAUCUAAGCUUAAUACGAGCAGGGAGACAGUCCGGAGGUCCACAAAUGCGCUCUGUCGCCCUGACGUGGCCAACACCAUGCGUGGUGGUUGAAUAAGUCGGAUCGAGGCUCUGCAUCGAAAAGUUGUGCGGCUGUUUUUUCGCUAAAGCAACAGUAACAACGCAAGUGCCGUUUUACUUAUACUCAAAUAUGCUGGCGGCAUAUUCGGAGAGCAGCAGCCCGCUCUUGGCCAACAGGCGUGAGACUCUUCUGUCACCUCCAGCCAGUUACCAACUCGUGUUGGUAUUUCUGUCCACGACGCGGCUCGCCAUCAUGUGUAAUGUGAUCUGUGUUGCCCAUCUCUGCCUGCUGAUGACGGCCUAACUUCUGAUCUGAGGAGCAGUGAGUUGCAGUGACUGGUAGGAGCCAGUUUAAUUGAUUGUUAAUCGGUUGGAAAUUGCUUGAGACUUCUGUGCUGAACUUGAGAGCAUUCCUUUAAACAACUGGUACGAUUUUUUUUGUUUUGUUUUGGUGUACUUGUCUUUGUUUCUUUGCAACGAUGCAGCGAACGGCCAGGGACGUUGGCCGGAAGGCUCUCACCGAGAUCGUCAGGCAGCGGAACCUACAUGGAGUUUCGGCGCUUUGGGCGGCAAUUCGUUCCUCGGCAGGAGAAUUAUCUUCAGGUGGAAGAGGUUUUUCAUCACUCGGUGAUGUUAGGAGAUCUCCAGAGGGAGUUUUUAUAAAUUAUGCGCAUGGCAAGAGCACUGGACUUCCUUCAACGAAAUGGAAAGACAGGCUUUCCACAACCUUCAGCAUGGAGGUGCCAAAGCUGGCACAUCUUGCCACCAGGACCAAGCAUUCCGCUGCGCUAGCUCUUGAUGAUGACAAGGGCUACGACAGUUCCAGUGGCAUGGACGAGUUUGUUGAGGUCGGACAUAUGCUUGCAGAUGCGGCGCGAAUAGUCGUCAUGAAGUAUUUCAGAUCAAACUUUCAGAUCAUUGACAAGGAAGACUUGAGUCCAGUGACAAUAGCCGAUCGAGAGACUGAGGCUGCGAUGUGGUCUAUCAUAUCCCGGUGUUUUCCAGAUCAUGCAAUAUUUGGGGAAGAAGGAGGCUUGGCGAUGCCUGAAGGAGGCUCUGAUUAUGUUUGGGUCUUAGACCCCAUUGAUGGCACUAAGAGCUUCAUCACUGGGAAGCCAGUUUUCGGAACACUCAUCUCUCUACUGUACAAGGACACUCCGGUGCUUGGUAUCAUCGAUCAACCUGUGCUAGGGGAGCGGUGGGUUGGAGUUCAAGGCCAAGCUACUACUCUUAAUGGCCGCAGAAUCAAAACACGUUCCUCUACUUCACUGCUCAAAGAUGCAUACUUGUACACAACAAGUCCUCAUAUGUUCGCUGGGGAAACAGAAGAUGCCUUUGUGCGUGUCAGGAAUGAGGUGAAAAUUCCUUUGUAUGGGUGUGAUUGCUACGCUUAUGGGCUGCUGUCAUCUGGACAUGUGGACGUGAUUGUUGAACACGGAUUGAAGCCAUAUGAUUACUUGGCUUUAGUACCAGUGGUUGAGGGUGCUGGUGGGACGAUUACGAACUGGAAUGGAGAAAGUCUCAAAUGGUUUCCACAUAUCGGGGAACACAGUAUUGGAGUUCUAGCUGCUGGAAGUAGGAGUUUACACAAGGCUGCUCUGUCUCGCUUGAUUGGAGAACAAUGUUAAUAUGCAGCGACAAACACAAUCGAUUAUUUUAGCCAAGCAAUUAUUUUUAAAUAGAGUACUUGCUUAGUCGAGUAGUGUAGAGCAGUGCUGAUACAUUCCUUCUCUUAGCAUAUAUUGGUUUUCAAUAACCUUUGUUAGUUCAGCUUCUUUAGCGUAAAAUUCAUCUUUUACUGGCCAUAAUUAUGCAGAUGUUAACUUCUGGUUCAUCGGAAAUUCGAAUUCCCACCGUGGAGCAUGUAUAGAGUAAUCGUCAAUUUGCUCCGGCGAGUAACAGUGGAAAAAUUCAAGCAAAAAUUUAUAAGGGACGUGAAGAAUCUUCAACCGUAUCCACAUCAUCCAUUCAUUUUCUAGAGGACGAAGUAUAUGCGAGUAAUUUCUCUUUCAAGUUUCUCCAUCUCCAUAGUUGCAAUUGUAAGAAGCUCGCACAACAGAUUAGUAACAGUUGUGAGAUUUUUUUUCAUCUUAUCAAUUCCCAUGAAACCCGUCUUGAGAAGACUUAUCACUAUUAAUCAAACACAACCUCCAUUCAAUUUA